GCAAGCUAGCACCGACACCACAAAGCACCUCCUGCGCAAUCAGCAGUUCAGAAAUAACGUCUCAUGAGGGAAACAGACAUUCGCGGCACUUGCUUGUUUUAGCUUACUAUUCAGUAACAUUAUUGAUCUAUUCAGUGUCUUUUUUGAAAACGCAGAACUACAUUACCUGGAAAAAAGGAGUACACAGAGAGACAAGGAAAACAAACCGAGACAACGGAGCAGGAGUCUGCUCGGCAGAGAGGGGAACAUCCGACAGCCUCGGAAUUGAUAUGGCUAUGUCCCUUAUUCAAGCCUGCCGCAGCCUGGCUCUGUCAACAUGGCUGCUGUCUUUUUGUUUUGUACAUUUGCUAUGCCUGGACUUUACCGUCGCGGAAAAAGAGGAGUGGUACACCGCAUUUGUGAACAUUACUUACCUAGAUCCUGUGACUUCAGAAAUCAAAACAGAGAAGACCGAGUGUGGCCGCUAUGGCGAACACUCACUGAAGCAGGAUGCCAAGGGGGUAGUGGUAAUGCCCUAUUUUUUGCACGACAGACAGGCGUGCGACCCGAACACUAGAUUUGCCAUCCCUGCUAAUGCUAGUUCAUGGAUAGCUUUAAUAACAAAGGGGAACUGCACGUACAAAGAGAAAAUUCGUCACGCUGCUAUCCAAAAUGCGUCUGCGGUGGUCAUAUUUAACGUGGGCUCCAGUAAUGCCAAUGAAACGAUCACAAUGCCCCAUCAAGGUGCCGGGGACAUUGUGGCCAUCAUGAUCCCGGAGCCCAAGGGCCGGGAGGUGGUAGCCCUGCUAGAGCGCAACAUCACGGUCACCAUGCACAUCACCAUCGGCACACGCAACCUGCAGAAGUACGUCAGCCGCACCUCCGUGGUCUUCGUCUCCAUCUCCUUCAUCGUGCUGAUGAUCAUCUCCCUCGCCUGGCUGGUCUUCUACUACAUCCAGAGGUUCCGCUACGCCAACGCGCGGGAUAGGAACCAGAGACGCCUCGGAGACGCGGCCAAGAAAGCCAUCAGCAAGCUGCAAGUGCGAACCAUCAGGAAAGGAGACAAGGAAACUGAGUCAGAUUUUGACAACUGUGCUGUUUGCAUUGAAGGCUAUAAGCCCAACGAUGUUGUCCGAAUUUUACCAUGCAGACACCUCUUCCACAAGAUCUGCGUGGACCCCUGGCUGCUGGACCAUCGGACGUGUCCCAUGUGCAAGAUGAACAUUCUGAAAGCGCUGGGUAUCCCGCCCAACGCGGACUGUAUCGACGACAUCCCGCCGGACUACGAGGUCUCCAUCGGGGGCCCGCCCACCAACGCGGUGACAGGAGCCAGCGACAUCACGGUGAACGAGAGCUCGCUGGUGCUGGACUCAGCCCUGCGCAUGGUGGCUCUUCCUCAGGUGUUUCCAGACGCAGAGAGCCUGGCCCCGGCAAGAGAGAGCCACAACAUGGACAGUGAUCUGCAACCCACAGCAAGCAGCGACUCCAGCACCUCCCUCAUCCUGCCGGUGGACGUGGGACUGUCUGACGUGGAGCUGUCCUCGGACCACGCCCACGAGGAGGUGAAGUCCUGAGCAGGCCGAAUUGGGCCGGGCGGAGCCGGGCCUCCCCAGCCCGUCCGUGAGUGGGAGCGAGACAUUGUUUACGUGAGGGCGGUGUAUGUUAUCACAAAGGAAAGGGGUGGCUGUGAACUCAACAGCGCCCUCUGGACUGGGAAAAGCAAUAGAAACACAGUGCUAUAUUAUUUCUUUCAUCAUGGCCUCUGCAGCAAUGAGAUACCUUAGCUCUGUCCUCACUGGAAUUGCACACAGUAUGUCUGACUUCAACCAUGCCUGAUUUCUCCUUUUGUUUUCAAGCUUUCCUCUACCGACUGGACAUUGUGGACAGAAGAAAAGGAGAUUGUUUAGUUCCUCGAAGGGGGACUGUAGUUCUGAGCUCUUGGUGUCAUUUAUUUCCACUUUUCCUCCCUUGUCGGCAUGGAAACGCAAUCGUUUCGAUUUCCUUAUCCGAAACGUCACUGCCAAAAUGUUCCAGAUCGAAAAACUCGACUCUUUCUGUACACAGUAUUUGCUUUGAGUGUCAAAAUGAGUGCCUGUGUAUACCAGCAUCAGCAAAUUCCAAGCGUUAGGAUUACAGAUGGCUUCUGGUGUUCACUGACCUGCGGGAGCCGCGGUAUUAUACCACACGUGUUUCUUUUGGCUUUCAACAGUGCUUUGUAGACUUUGAACUGUUUCUAUACACACUACUGUCCAACAAUCCCUGACCCUUGGUUCACCAGUCUGCUUUCCCGUUCAUUUCUAAUUCUGACAGAAAAUACAGGCCCUCAAAGUUAAAGUGCACCUUGUGAGCUAUAGCCUAUUCCUCUAUUUUAUUUAGUGUGAAAACAAAAUUCAGUUUUUUUUAUUUUUCCUUGCUUGUCCUGACCCAUUUAAGAACCUGUCAGAGCCCUAUUUGGUGGUCAGUGCCCUCAUCAUUCAUGGGUGUUUUGUUCAAUACUGUCCAGUCAUUACUCCUUGCUCCUGUGUCCAUUAUUCUAAUGUCCAGCAAACAAAACCAGACAACCCUAAACCAGGCCGGCUGUCAGAGCCAGUGGGAGAGAGAACCCACAGUGUGCGCAGCUGUAAUUCACAGAGCACUCUGUGAGGUCAGCAGCUUCCAUGUGGUGGAUUGAAUGGCUAGCGUGGAGAUUUCCCUCUGAAAAUGAAAGGGAAGUCACGAGAGUCCUGUGCCAUUCCCAGAGGGUGCGUGUGCCUGGAGACGAGGUUCUAGUGGCCACAUAAAUACCGAGCUUUCUUCUCUCCUUUAAGAAUGAUGAAGAGUAAUCCUUACUGAAUUUUAAGAUUUUAAUGACAGCUGCAUCAAGAUGGCUGCCAUGCAGUUUAAGGAGUCCAGUUGUGGUUGUGGGAGUAAGUUGAAUAAGUUAUUAGGGUGUUGGGUUAUGAGGUAUUGGGUUUGGGUGAACGCCCCUCAGAUAUCAAAUUAAGGUCGUUUUAUAAAGAUACAAACAAAAGAUGUUAGAUUAUUGGAUGCAUAUAAAAUCAGAGAGACAUCCCCCAUUGCAAUUUGAACCGUAGAGGCAUCAAUCUGUAUUUAGAAGUAUGUCACGUCACAAUUUUUUGGUUCAAUAUGUGUUCAUGGAAGCUGAGUUUUCAGUUCGAUCUUCUCUCAAAUUUGUUGAAAUUGUGACAACUCGACUUACCCCGGUUACAGAACUAAAUUUUUUUUAAUACAUUUUACUGACAUCUGCAGAUUUUUACUUUAUUUUUUUUUUUUUAAAAGGAAGAAUCGAGAGUCAUAAUAUUGGACUCUUGGGCCUUGAUGAGCAUCAUGUUUAAAUGGUCCUCAUGCAUUGCAUUUGGGAAGAAAUUUGACUAAAGAAAAUGUAGUGUGUAGAAAUGGCCGGUCUCUGCACGUUACAUCCUGUAUGAGUCAGGGAAGAAGCAGACAGAUGACAUUUAUUUUAGUACGGAGUUUUAUUUUUGUAAAGAAAGAGGAGGACUAUUGUAUAUGCAGUCACAGAACAAUUUGGUAAAGUGAAUCCUAUUAGUGUAUUUAGGGGUCAUCUGUAAAUGAAAACACUUUUUGUACUUUACCCCCUCCCCCCAUUGUCUUUUUGUGCACAUUACCAAAGAAGUAGUUUACAGUGCAUGAUUUGAAGAUAUGAAACAUUUUUUUGUAGUGACCCUAGUCAUCAAAGUGAGGUCAGGGGUCAAAAAUACUCGUGUAGUUUCAGCAAAAGAAAAAUCUUAAUUUGCCAGUUUUAUGUUAGUUUAGUAUGGACGACAUCAAUUCUAAUUUGGUGGAAAGCCCCUCAGAGAAGGACAGUACAUUGCAGUCUUGCAGUUUUGUAGCAGAGCCUCUUUUGACACUUUCCAGGAAAAAAAUCCAUGCACCGCAUACAGCACAGACUGUAAUAUUUCACAAGAUGUAGCUGAAAUUUGCAGUAAAGCUAGCUUUCUGUACAGUCAUAUACACCACAGGCACUCUUUGCCUUAUAUUUGGUUGCUAGGAAACACACUUCUAAGGUGAUGCAUUGCAACUAGCUUCAACUAUAUUUUUCUCGCCCUCGCCAUGAUAUUAAUUUGACACAUUGACAGCAGACUGUCUUCCCAUUUCAGAUCACGUUCCUCAACCGAACCAUUCAUUCUGGCACAUUUCCAGUUGUGUAAAUACAGAUUUUAUUUGAGCGAUCACCAGAAUGCUUAGAAAAGAUGUGAUUUGCCUAAGUCAAUGCAAUGAUGUGCGUGCAGCUUAAACACACAGAUCAUUUGUUUUCCCAACAGCAUUAGAAAUGGCUCAUCAAAUGAUUUGAUUCUGUCUCAUUUCCUUGUGAUUCUUUAAAAAACCGUGGGGUUUCUUCUGUGCUGGUUCAGCACGCUGGUUGUGUACUGUAUACACACACAUUCUUCCUUAUGCUGUCCUUGGUAAGAGCGCUGGGGGGUAAAUGCUACCAUUAAAGAUGAGAAUGUCUGGAGAAUGCUGAAUACACUAACCAAAGCUAAACCUUUCUUUCUCCUACAUUAGAUAUUUAUUCUCAUUAGUAGUAGUUUAUGCAUUUUUACAUAUUUUAAUGUAGUGUACUUGGUAAUUCAUUUUCUGUUGUUGUUAUUUGAACAUGCUCAGUUGUACCAGAGACAAAGUUGUGAGAUAACGGAAUGAACCACACAGAUACACAGUUCAGUUCAGAUAAGGAGUGCAGAGUGACAUUUGUCCUGUCACUCUUCAAGGUCUGCCCUGAACAGCAGCCACUGCAGUGAAGGCUGGCCUGUCUGUUAGAAUGAGGCUAACUACAUGAACUGCAUCACGUGGCUGAUAAAGGUCAUGGCUCAUAUAUGCAGGUGCAUCUCCAUCAGCGCCUAAAAGAUCGGCUAGAUUUGAGCUUGAACCUUCAGUCCAAGAUGUUUUAGUGCUGUUCUUAUCCAGAACGAGCAGUCAUGCUGUUUCCAUAUAACAUUUAUAUGUAUAGGUUGUUUUUAUUCCUUCUGUUUGCUGGGCCUACCCUUUCUGUCCUUCCAGAGAGUACCACUCUGGGGGUGUGAGUUUCCACAGUCUUACUCAAUAGAUACAAGCUUAGCCGCUGUUUUUUUUUCUGCUAAUAAAAAAUGAAACCGUACCUGCCCACUGAUAAAAGGCUCCCAGUGAGUGACUUUUACAUGUGAGCAAACACAUUGAGAAUGCUUUGACCGCAGUGUGGUCUUAGACUACAUUAUGGUCUAGAUGUUGUUUACUUUGCUUAGUAAAUAAACUUUCAUUCAUGCGUAUAUUACGUUAGUUUGCAGGUUCCAGAUCAAGGCUAUCCUUCCUGACUGUAGUCCUGACUGUAGGAGUUACCCCCCCCCCCCCCUUGUUUACAUUUAAAAGCUAUUUCUUAUCAUAUUCUCUUGUGUGGACUCACUCGAAGGCCCUUCAGUUUUUUUGAAGAGUGGUGAUAGGGUGAAGACCCUGCCUCUGUCAAGUCUGUCCCCCUUUGGCCUAGCUGAACUUUGCUUGAUCAAAGCAAAACUCUUCAAUGAAUCUGCCUGUGUAUACCUGAGAGCAUUUAAUGGAAUUUCCGACCAAUGAAGCACAUAUUUAUUGACGUUUCCUUCUUCCUUGCGGGGAGCACCCACUUGAAACACAAGCACAGUAUCAGUAUCGAUUUUUUUUUUCUUUGUGUUUUAAGUUGCCUUUUGGCUUUGUUUAAAGUCUCACUCCCACGUUUGCCAUGUGCAGUCCUCUCUCUCUUCCUUCUCCUCCUGUCUCUGGCUGCAGCGUAUAAGAAUGCCAUGCAUUUCCAGGCAGACCUCUCUUCUACCAUAACACUAACAGCGUACAUCUUGAUUUUACUGGGUGGUCUUAGUGGAUUAUAGGGAACUGCAAGUUUUGCUAAAGAUAGGUAAAGGUAGAUUAAUGAUCUGUUUUCCCUUUUUUCCCUCGCCCACACAAAUUACAUCUUGAACCCGGCCAAUUCCAUUCAUUCUAGAAAGUAAUUUUGUGAGCAGUGCAAAAGCUGGUCCAAAAAUACAAACCCUCCUGAAACCGAUACUGCGGAAUGAAUCUCCCUUCUCUGUGGUCCUGUAGAUGUGCACUGUAGCGACACGUGCCAAUGAAAGGUGCUGAAUCCUGAUGAGCGGUUAAUCAGAGAGGGGACAGAGCAGAGCUGGCCUUUUCCUCGCAGGUUAUAUCUAGGAGCUUGCGUGACCGACACUAACAUGGCAUUGUGGUACAAAUGAGGUGACCAUGUAAAAUGAGCUUUGCCUCCCCUAGUUGUCCGGUGUGUGUUUGAGGCAAGACUCACCGGAGCUAGUAGAGAGCACCCCCCAAGGGAUGCCUCCCCCAAAGUACUGUAAGAGGGUUCUCAGGCAAGAGCAGCAAUGCAAAGAUGGCAGGGUUCGUCUGUGUGGAUUCCUGUGCCGUUAAUAUUCAUAGGUGAAGAAGUUUUGAUGACUAUUUGAUGGCUUUAAUGCAGGGAUACUCAACCCUGGUCCCCGGGGGCUGCAGUGUUUGGAGGCUUUCAUCCAAGCCAAGCAAUUAUCCAGCUAA